ACCGCCAGUAUAAAUGGGACGGCUCCAGCAGAAUUCCUCACUUCGUCCCCGCUGCCCUGCCCACGCCCGGCUGGGAAGCAUGAGGGGCACGCUGCUGGCACUGGGCUGCCUCGCCCUCCUGCUCCUGGCACGGGAAGGGGAAGGGGAAGGGAACAAGGUGAGGCUCUGCGGGAGAGACUUCAUCAGGGCCGUGGUGUUCACGUGCGGCGGCUCGCGCUGGAGACGGCACCGCGACCUGCGGGAGAGUGAAAACCCCCAGCAUUUCCCGCACGAGGACGACGCUGACUUCUCACCACACCCAGAGCCGAGGCUGGGGAUCCUCAGAGAAGAACCCCAGGACGCCAAACCUGAGCAAGACUUGCAAAACACCAGCAGAGUUCCUGUGCUCAACAAGCGUGAGGCAGCCAAGCUGCUGGCCACAUCCUGCUGCAGCGUGGGCUGCAGCAGGACAGAGAUCAGCUCCCUGUGCUGAAAUGCAGCGGCUCGGUGUCACAGCCCCCAGGGAUUA